AACAUCAAGUUUUCGGUACCGCAAGAGGACAGUCAUAUGUUUUUCAAGUAUAACACUUAUUGGGGGCCUAAUUGUUGUAGGCCUAGCAAUGAAUGAUAUUAAUUAUAUGCGUUACGAUAGAGAUGCUGCCACCAAAUGGGAACUGGGCGUCCAUAUACCUGGUCUGGCCCUACAGUUUGUCGGCCUAUACGGCUCAUACAGAGAACACGAACAGGCAAUCGGAUCCUACGGUCUACUGAUGAUACUGUUUGCCUGUCUGUCCAUCGGUACAAACGUUUGGUCCGAUUUUAUAGUCAACUGGCUGUUGACUGUCCUCUACGUACUGUGCAGUUGUACGGCCCUGACGUUUGCCUACGAGAUGCGCCGGUUGCGGCUGAAUGCGGCCAUUGCGGCCCAGUUAUGGCAAACCACUGCCGGCGGCGGUGUUGGUGUUAUACCGGUUCAUACGGCCAAUAAUUUUGUCUAUACAACACCGGCCACAAUGGGCAACACUGUUAUUAUCGGUAGUGGACAGCACCAGCAGUCGGCCGUUAUAUUGCCGACUACUACUACUACACAAUAUGGUAAUCAAGGGGGUGUCAUCCAAAUGAUUAGUCCGGUAUCGAUGAUACAGCCGACUAGUGGUACUACUAUGAUGGCCAACACUUCGACAGUGUAUCAUCAUCAGCCCGGAGCUACUGGCGGUGGUCAUGUCUAUCCGUUAAAUCCCGGAGCCAGUCGUGGCCAGUAUGCCGAACAACCGCCCAGUUAUCAACAAUCAGAGACCAAUAAACAUUAUUAAUAAUAAUACUAAUAAUAAUGCUAACAAUUAUUGUUAUAAUAUUAUUAUACUGUA